UUCUGCAAGGUGGUAGCGGCCGCUUCGCCACCGGGGGCCGCCCGCUGACCGCGCCCGCCGACUGCGGCUUCCGCGCUCUGCACUAACCUUCCGCCGCCUCGCUCCUCUACCCUCUGCUUCCGCCACUCCAGCCAGGAGAGGGUUAAAUGCCUCCCCGAAUUCCUGAAGACGCUGCUGGGAGGGGAUUGACGCUUCCCCGCCUUGAUGGGGAGGGGGCGGCAGGAGGGGCUUAGUCUGGAUCUCCGAGCUGUGCUCUGUCUUCCCCGGAGCCCACUUUGGACCCCAUGGUUUUAGAGAGGGAGAAAUUGAGGGUGGCGGGGGAGGAGACGGGGAGGGGACGUGACUGGGUUGUGGGGCGGAGCUGGAGCUUCGGGGCCAGAAUUUAGACCUGAACACACAAAAUGUGGAGGAAGAGGCGCGUCCAGCGAGGGGCGUGGUUAGGGUGUUUGGGGCCCGCAUUCUAAUGGAGUUUAAAACACGGAAAGGUGUUAGGAAGUGAGGUAGAACCACAGCGCAGAUUUAGAUGGGAAUCCCUAACGCUGGUGUGGGGCACAGCCAGCAGCAGAGAGCUUGGUUUAGAAUGGGGUGCUCAAACUAGUGGAGUGAGGAGGAGAAAAGAGGCGGAAUCUGGAUUGAAGAUAGAUGAGGGUAGGGGGAGAAGACGGCGAAAUCGAAUGCUAGAGUAGCGUUUAACUUGGCUAAAGGCAAAUUACAACUGGGGCAGGGCUUAAAAGGCUUGAGCUUGGCAAGGGAGCGGCGGAGCUAGAUGCCGGGGAGAAGUCUGAGUUCCGAAAGGGGAUGGGUAGGGCGUGGGGAGGAGGAGAGAAGAGAGCGGAGGUAAGCUCCGGGGCCGGUAUAACACCGAAGCCUGGUAGAAGUCGGCUGGGCCCAGACCAACGUUUGAGAAAAAGCGAGGUAUUGCAUGCUUGGGGCGGGGUCAGAACGCUGUGGUUAAGCCUUAGCUUGCUAGUGUUUGGCCGGAGGCUGAGGACGGGGCGGGCCUAGAGCGCGGAAGAGGCCCGCCCUGAGGGGGCGUGCCCACGCUGGCGGGGGCGGGGUUGGACGGGGAGAGUUAAGCGUGGAGGCGGGCCUCUGGAGGGGGGCGGGCCCUGUGCGGGCUGUGGCUCCGGGCCGAGUGGGCUGCGGGGAUGCGGGGCACGAGCUGCGUGGGCGGCGGCGGCGAGAGCCCGGGUGGCGCAGGGCUGAGCGAGGGCCCGCGGGGCCGUUGGCUGCGCCUAGCACCGGUCUGUGCCUACUUUCUCUGCGUCUCGUUGGCUGCCGUGCUGCUCGCUGUCUACUACGGUCUCAUUUGGGUUCCCACGCGGCCCCCUGUAGCCCCAGCCGGCCCACCGCCUAGCGCGCAGUCCUCUCCGUGCGGCGCUCGCGCGGGUGCGCUGCCUGCCCCAGCGCCCGCCGCCGCCUCGGUCUCUUGCCUUCUGGGAGCCCCUGGCGGGCCGAGACCCCAGCUCGAGCUGCCGCGCAGCCGCCGCCGACGCCACAGCGACCCCAGCCGCCGCCGCCCGAGCCGCCAGACGCUGGGGGAGACGCAGGAGGCCGCAGCGGGGCGAGGACCCGGGUAACCUUCCUUUUCACCCAAGAUGGACCGCCAGCCUUCGAGAGCCCGGCGCCCUCGCCGCGGAUGCGCCGGUCCCGAAUUGGUGUCUGGCUCCCUCGUCAUGACAUCGUCUAGCGUCUGCGGAGCUGUCAUCCUGAAGAAUGGGGGGCGAAGGGGAGCCGGCCCUGGUCCUCGAUCCUCGCAGCUCCUCCGCCGUCAGGCCGGGUCCUCCACCAGGCAGACCCCAUACUGAUCACUGCCUCCUGCUCCUCCUAGGAUUCUGUGCACGGAGCCCUCAGCCUGCCCCUCUCCUCCCUCCCUGAAUCUCCGUGUGCAUCUAUCCACCUGCAAUAAACUCCAGCCCCAGCUGC